AACAAAAAUGCAAGGUUUGUGAGAAUGGCAUUGUUGGACAACCCAUUCAGUUACGAUGUUCCAAUGUGAUUUGCAUUGGCUGUCGAAAUAAUCACGUUGUUUCUAAACAAGAAGAAUGUCCAGCAUGUCAUGAAAACCAUCUAAUUGAAGACACAAAUAACCCAGACAGCGAGAAGUCCAAAAAGUACAAACUUUCAAAAACAACUGCAAUGAUUUCUUCAUGGAAAUUGUAUCACAAUUAUGCUUUGCUAACAAUGAAGCACCAUCCAAAGAAGUGAUAAGAAAAUUGACUUCCCUUGUUACUGUAGAGACGAAAAUGGACCAUGGCAUGGAGACUGUGAGCAAAGAAAUGGCGCUUGUUGAAUCAAAAGUUGAUUCAACUCCAGUGUUUAGGUCAUUCUUAUUGCAGCACUUACUAAGAACCAGUUUGGAUGAUGUCAUGGAAUUUCUUUCUGAAUACCUUUCAAGAGCAGAGGCAAUGCUUAAAGAGGAUCCAGAGAAAGUCAUUGAAUUCAGUAUUCUAGUUAUUCAAUGCUUAGAGGACUCGAUUCAGCAAAAAACCUCUAAGGAAAAAGAACCAUGGAAAGCAGAAAUGCUUAAGGCGACAGAAUAUCUUAAAGAUUCUGCAGAUGUGAUAAACGAGGAAAAUCUCGAUGUGAAAAAAUUAUGCUGUGUGGCAGAAACGAGAUUUAGUCUGGCGUGUGCGGCAAAGUUUUUGUUCCAACACAAUGUGGAGAACACUGUGAAGUAUUCGAAAAAUCUGAAGAAGUUGUAUGAAGCUGUGUCCAAAAUGACAAGCAAGUGUCGAUGGGCUAAAUUGUUCUUAAUCAAAUACUUCUGUCGAUCCUUCAGUGUAAAAAGCUAUCGUCAAAUCUUAUCAUCAGGCACGGAAUUAAAACAGCAUCUACCAGUUGAACUGCUAAGUUUGCCUGAGCUAAAAGCGGAAAACGUGCAAGAGUGUCCAGACAGAUUCAUAGUCUGUGGUAGACAGUACAAAGAACUUCGUGAUAAAAUAACACAGUCUCUUGUCGAUGAACAAAUCGAACUUGAUCUAGAGGGACUAACAAUUCCAGAUACACAUAAAAAAGUGUUCUUUCUUCUUGCUCUUUUCCGAGAAGUCACUAUGAUGCAUGUUUACGACGUCAAAAAACGGAGAUUUAAAGCAGAAGCUAUUCAGAAACUCCUGGAUGCAUUGGAAGACGCAAGCUGUCUUCAAAACGAGAAACCCGUAGUUGCAAAACUAGCAUGUAACACCCUUUGGGCAAAAGAAUCUGCGAUGUGUAUCAAGGAGGGCACCUCUGUUGCAGACCAGGACAUUGUUUCCCUACUUUAUCAUGUUUUCUUUUCAAUCACGAAAGGAUCGUGUGAAGGAACUCUGUUGGAGCCAUUCGUAACAAUUAUCGAAAAGGCCAAUACCUUACAGAAAUGUUUCCUUCCCACCAUGGAUGCAGUGGAUUUGGAUGAAAUUCGUGCAGCUCUUGCGAAUAAAACAGAUUAUGGGAACUUUCCAAUUUUUAAAUGCCCAAAUGGACAUGUUUAUCUUGUUGGAAAUUGUGGAAAUCCAGUUUUUGGUCAGACAACUUGUCCCGAAUGUGGUGCAAAGAUUGGAGGGAAAGCCUACAACGAAUUGGAAGAAGGCAAUGUAAAAAUUGAUGUACAAGAAUUUGACGAACAAUAUAUGGGACAUAUUUUUGGACGAGCUGAAUCAAGAGAAGAUGUACCUACAGCUCAGCGUGAGCUAUCGUCUGUGAACUGUUCUAUUCUUCGAUUUAUUUUGCAUUCAUCUCUCUACAUAGCAUCAAGUCAUACUCCAGAGGCUGUUAAUGCUAUCAUUAAACCAAGGAUAGAAGUAACUGCCGUUCUUCCCUUUAUAAUGGACCACAUCAAAAAAGACUUGACGAUAAUACAGAAAGCUACUGGAAGUAGCGAAGAUGAUGUGUACCUUCUGUUGCACAGAAUAUGUACAAGUUUUACAGAAAAGCAUGAAAGCAAAAGCCAACAUUUACAGAGUUGUUUAAGUGCUCUGGAAAACAAAAAGGACAGAAGUUGCUGGGAAGGAGAAUUUGCUGAUGAAUUUUUCUCUCCUAUUUUGAAGGAUUUAGAGUCAGAAUUGAAGACCCUGGGCAAAGAGCUUGUAGAAGACAAACGAUUAGGAGCCGAUCCUUUACUUAGUCUUCUUUACGAAACUGAAACAGCCAAUGAAGAUAUCUCGGUACACGAACUACAAAAUCAUCCAGCUGUUUGGAGAUAUAGAUCACAGAUAUCUAUGGACCAUUUGUCCAAAACGUUUAUGAUGCAAAUCCCAGCAAAUGAACAUGCUGUACUACGUGCAUUUUUGGAAGAGGAACACAAUGUUCGAGUAAUUCGUCUGAUACCAAGCAUCUUGAAGCUUCAGAAAGUUCUGAUACACAAAUUUGCCAGGAAACUAGACAGAAGUGAGGCGUCUGAUUUAUCGAUGCAAUUUGUGAUUGACUCUUACAGGGAAAACGAUGUUUCCGAAGAAGACGAAGAAGUCAUAGGAGAAACGGAGUCAAAGUGGAUGGAGAUCGAUCAGUUGGUUUCAGAUUUUAUUGAAGCUUGGCGUUGUAUUAGAGGACAGCUAGGAAAAUUUCGCUUUCAGACCUUGAAAGGGAACAGACAAAUUUCAGAGAAAUACUAUGGAAAGGAUUUAGUCAAAGAAGACCCAGUGUCUCUCUUCUUGCCUACUUUUAGAGAGCAUGGACUGUGUUCCUAUGGAUUAUUGUACUUUCUGUUGAAAAAACAAAACUCGUUUUUGGAAGAAUACUGCAGAAAAAAAGAUAUAGAAUUUGGAAAACUUCCGAAGGUCAAAGUCAGAGAAAUAACUCACGCUCAUCUUAUUAGCUAUCACCCAGACCGGGAUCUCCUUCCUUUGGUUAUGGCAAAUUGCCAAUAUACAUUUGAAGUAGGAAAAGGCACGAAAGUGGAAUACAACUUUGCAAAUCUGGAAAGACAGUUAUCCGAUCGGUUUCUGUUUUCAAAAUCCGUUAUUGACCUGCAUCCAAAAGAGUUCGAUCUAAUGACAUAUAGGUCAGAAUCAACAAAUGCCAAUGUUUUCCGAGAACUCAGAAAAAAGAUUAAGCAGGUUCCUUUGAACACUGCCGUGGCCAAACAGAUAUCCACCGAGUUCAGAAGAUACCAGGAUAUCUGUGAUGCUUUGGAUAAAUUGGACAUUGUCAUUAGAUUUUUACAGUCGGUUGGAGGCCAAGGGAACACUAUGCUGGACGAUUUUAUGCGCCACUCACUAAAAAUGGAAACUACCUUUCUAUCCCAGAAUAUGAGAAAGACUUGUCAGUGUAAACAUGUCCAGUCCCUGUGGAUUAUACUGGCAAUGUCAAAAACCAAAAACCAAGCUACGUACAAAAAGGAUGUGUUCGAGGGAGUUUCCGAUACAUACAGACUGGAAUUGACAGGUGCUCAAAAAGAGAUUGUUAACAACAUUUGUGAGGAACUAUCAGUUGAGAGACUCAACACAAUGAUAGAAGUCUUGUAUGAAUGUAUCGUCCUUACCAUUGACAGUGGAAGUGAAAAUGACAUUGAAGAUGGAGAUGGUAUUCCAAUGGCUAAUUACAGUAUCCGGGAUACGUUAAUGGUAUACGUGGAAGACCCAGCCUAUGAUGUCGAUGAUACCUUCCUUCCGGAUUGGAUCAAUGAAACGCUGAACAAACUUCCGGGAGACAAAGAAGAACCCGAUUGUAUUUUUACGUGUCAGUCCAUGGAUCUCUGGAUUUGCCUUUAUGAAAACUAUUCAAAGAGGAAAAUCUGAGCACAUAGACAAAGAAUAUUGUUUGGUGAAAUGAAACUUUAAAUAUGAUGAAUUUAAGUUUUUUGUAUUAAAUGGAACACUUAUUGUAUGAAUUACAUGUAAACAACAUAUUCAUGUUACUGUAAAAAAAUUAUUUAUUCAAAACAAACAAGAAGUAUGAUAAUUGCCUUUUUGCUGAACCUCCCUAUUUAUUACUCAUAUUGCAUUUAACGGAAAGAAAAAUACUAAGUAAUUAAAAGAAUAAAUGUUUGGUUCGCAACUAAGAGAUAUGUUGUUUAAAUUCAAUAGAUCAGUAUUAAUCAAACUUUUUGUGAACAAUAAAACAUGAACAGAAAAGAUUAGUUGAGAAAUUGUAGUAAAGAAACCACCCUACUUUCAUUUUCUUUUUGUUUUGAGUAGUGAAGUCCAUUGUGUGACCAUAAUACUAACCUCAAAUGCUAAAAUAUAAUAAUAAUAUAUUUCCAACUUUUCCCCUAAAUUAAUGUAUCAAUUUUUAAGUCAUUUACUGCAUACAUUACAGUCUAAUACGAUAAGAAACGAUUUACUUUAUUUCAAUUAUCCAUUAAAUGACUCUCUUACAUGUAAAUUUGCAGUAGCCUUUUGUGUACAUUCUUUUGUUUUGUGCUUGAGUUUAUCUUAUAAAUGAUAUAGAGCUGAAUAUGAUGAGAAGAUGAAAUACCACCUUAAAAGCAUCUUGAAAGAUCAGAAUUUUAUAAACAAUGUUUAUAGACUGGAAAUUAAAUAGCAGUACUCGGACGUUCAUGGUGAUGGAGAUGGUGUUUAUAAAGUGUUUAAAAAAUUGACUUAAUAUCUUAAAUAUAUACAUGUAUAUAUUGUAGAUUUACAUGUAAGGAACAGAUGUCUAUGUGAGAAAGAAAUAAUAAUCCAUGAAGUUUGUUGUAAAAUUACGCUAUUAUUUAAAGAUUACUGAUAUGCAUAUGAUAAAAUUAAUUGUCUUUGUUGCCUUAUGUUAAGUUGGUAUGAGGAGUUAUUUUCUUGCAAAAAAAUAACACGAUUUGUUGAAAGAUAUAUGAUUUUGUUUGGAAAACCAAUGUAUACUGAUAUAUCAAAUAGUAUAAAACAUUGAUAAAGGUCAGUGCAGAUGUCUUUGUUUCAGAAAGGUCUGAAUCGGUUUUCUUUGCAUUAAUUAAUUAAUAUAGGAUUGUUAAACAUAUUUUAUGCCUUUCAAUUUUUAACCAUCAGUCAUGAUGGUGUGAUGAUUUCGAAAAUAUAUUGACGCUAAUUAAAACUAUAAUUUGGAGGUCUUGGUGAGCUAUAUCUUGAUAUUUUCUAUACAAAAUAUAUAUUUGGAGCUUGCAUACUUGCGCUUUUCAUGAUAAUCUAAUAAAAUGUGCUUUUAA